AUUCCUAAACAGCUGGGAAUCCCCUCCAUUUUGGUAAAUCCUCUGUUCUAGCUGUAACCUCAUUAGCAAUCAUCUGCAAAACAAAUGGAGAUAUUCAGCAAGAAAGGAGCAUCAGGGUUCUCGGCCUCUUCCACAGCAGAACAAGUUACUCAAGGGAUUGAUGGAACUGGUCUUACUUCAAUUGUUACAGGAGCCUCAAGUGGUAUUGGCGUAGAGACAGCGCGUGUUCUUGCAUUGCACGGUGUUCAUGUAAUAAUGGCAGUAAGGAAUAUAGAUGCUGGUACCAAUGUUAAAGAAGCAAUCCUUAAAGAAAUCCCCAGUGCUAAGAUUGAUGUCAUGGAGUUAGAUCUCAGCUCAUUGGCAUCCGUAAGAAAAUUUGCAGCAGAGUAUAAUUCCAAAGGCCUUCCCUUGAAUAUCCUUAUUAACAAUGCAGGGGUCAUGGCAGAUAAAUUCAAGCUAUCUCAAGACAACAUAGAACUCGAUUUUGCAACUAACCAUUUAGGUCAUUUUCUUCUCACAAAUCUUCUGUUAGAUAACAUGAAACACACAUCAAGAAAAAGCAGCAUAGAGGGGAGAAUUGUUAAUGUAUCAUCAUUUGGCCAUAGAUAUAUAUACCGUGAAGGAAUUCGUUUUGAUAGUAUUAAUGACGAAUCAAGGUACAACAAAUCUGUUGCUUAUGCAGAAUCCAAGCUCGCCAACAUAUUGCAUGCUAAUGAGCUUACAAGGCGCCUCAAGGAAGAAAGGGUUGAGAUAACUGCUAAUUCUCUUCAUCCUGGAAUAAUUCGCACCAAUAUUAUGCAUAAUGAUAUCGGUGUAAAGUGUGUUCUUAAGGUGCUCAGGAUACUUUCUUUGAGCAAAACUAUUCAGCAGGGAGCAGCAACCACAUGCUUUUUGGCACUGAAUCCACAAGUUAAGGGAGUAAGCGGUGAAUACUUUGCGGAUUGUAACAUUACCAAACCGAUAUCUCAGGCAAAUGAUGCAGAUUUGGCUAAGAGACUCUGGGAUUUUAGCUUGAGUUUGACCAAUCUCAAGUAGUAGUGGAGGUUUCUGGGCCAUGCUUUAGGGAGCUGUAAUUCUGCACUAUUUGUUAUGAAAAUCAAUUGUCAUAUCAAAUAUUUGUACCAUACUUGUAAUUUAUUAUCAGUUGGCCGUCAAAACAAUUUGUCCUACUCAAUGACACUGUUCCAUAUAUGAGAGCAACAUCACAAAUUCUAUUC